CUAGGCUCUUUAUCUCCAAGAGGGAGGUACCUUGCGUCGUGGCCAUGAUCAUGUUACGGCGCAGGCUCAUCACCCUCAUUGCAGCCUUCUCCGUCUCACUUGUCGUCUUCCUCUUCACCUCGUUUGACACAGAGACUGCGUAUGAAGACUGGCGACCUGACAUCAACAGUAUCAGCGACAGCGUCAGUAGUGGCAAACAAGCAGCUCGAGGAGCUUCAAUAGAUGCGUCUAACAGCGAACCAGCUGCGGCUGAAGCGAUGAAGAAGGAGGAAGCGAGACGGAUUGCUGAGGCUCAACGAAAGGAAGAGCUUCCUAAAGCUUGGUGGGGAGCAGCCGAGACUGGCAAGCAAUCGGGCAAGUAUGAAGAUAUUGCCGUCAUCAUUCGAACCGGCUUCCAGGUACAGAAGCGAUUGGAGGGGCCACUGUCUACCUAUCUCAAAGACAGAAAGGAUGAUACACUGGCCAUCUUUUCUGAUCGAGAGUCGGAAGUCUUGGGCCGCAAGGUGCACGAUACUAUCAAGCCCUUCUUUGACAAGAACCCAGAAACCUACGACGGCACCGACAUGCAGAAGAUCUACAACUCAAUUCAAGCCAUGAGCAGCAAUGGCUCAGAGGUCAUUCCCGGUGAGCACAAUCAAGGCUGGAGGCUCGAUGUCAUGAAGCAAACCAUGUCAGCUGAUUUGGGCUACCAAAUGUUGCACAAGAAUCGGAAGUUCAAAUGGUGGGUUAUCAUUGAUGAUGAUACCUAUCUUCAUCUCCCAACCAUUUCGGCUGAAUUGGCAAAAGUCGACCACUCGGAAGCGCACUACUUUGGUUCUCCCGUUGAUGGUGGCGACAAUCAUUUCGCGCAUGGUGGCAGUGGUAUUGUCCUGAGCGCAAAAGCAAUGAGCGAUCUGUUUGAGAACCGGAAGCUUGCCGACCGUAUGCAUGCGAAUGGUCUCAGCACACUUCAUGGCGACCACAACUUGGCCAUCUACCUCAAGAAAAUUGAUAUCAUCCUUGAAGACCGAUUCCGACACUCUUUUCACGGUGAACCCUUCGAGGAGAUACGAUUCAAGCUCGAACAAGUCUGCGCGCCGCUCUUUACUGUGCAUCACUUGCAGGAAGCUGCCAUGAAGGCAACACAUGAGGUUGUGUUUCGUGAUAGGCUUGUUCGAUUCUGGGAUGUGCUCGAUGCUGUUGCAGAUUUCAAGGACAUGAGUUUGUGGUACAAAGAAAAUCACAGCUACAACUUGUGGGUCAAUGACAAGUUGAACCUUGAAAGUGAAGUCGGCGAGGAUAGCCACAAGGUGCCUGAAAUUUCAGAAAAGAUGCCGGUGGUCAAGAUCGACAGCAAGCAUGAGGAGAAGGAACGUUCCAAGUUGUGUGAAAA